AUGCAGGCUACCCUACCUCAAGGCCAAACCUUGGUCUAUUCCACAAUUGACGGCCAUGAAAUCAAGUUCGACUACUACCUACCCCGCAGCGCUAGCGGAACACUGCCAGCUGUGAUCUACUAUCAUGGAGGUGGAAUGACUGCAGGCUGGCGUGGUGGUUUCAAUUUCCCGACUUGGCUGCAUGAUCACUGCCAAGAGAAAGGCUACAUCUUCAUCAGUGCGGAUUAUCGUCUGUGCUAUCCCACAAACGCCUUGCACCAGAUUGAUGAUGCAAAGGCUCUAUUCAAAUUCCUAGCUUCGGAGGACUUCCAGUGUGCCCUACCCGAAUCCAUUACAAUCGACACGGAUCGGAUAGCGGUCACUGGCUUCUCGGCGGGCGCUUUCUCGGCUCGUGCAGCAUGCAUCUACGCCGAUCCCAGGCCAGCUGUUCUGAUGACGGCUUAUGGAUCUGCUGGGGACUGGCUGCUAGAUCACUGGACGGUCGGCCGACCACCUACAACCAUCGCCAAGCUUGUGGAUCUCGAGCAGGUUCCAAAGCUACUCGCCGACAAGACUGUUGUGAGUGAGGACUUGCCAACUGAGGGGGGCAUGAUGUCCUCCCGCUUCGCAUUGACAGUGCGCUGGGAGCUGGAUGGGACAUUCCUUGAUAAUUGUCUUGGAAAACCAGGGUUGGGUGCGGAGCUCAAUAAACUGCGCUACGAGGAGCGGGCCGCAGCGAUUCCCGAGGACGUAAAGCCAGCUUUACUUCAACUCUUUGUGUCUGAAAGCCAUCCCCCGACGAUCCUUGUGCAUGGCACAGCAGACGAAGUUGUUCCUGACCAGGAGAGCGUGCAUCACCAUGAACAACUGAAGAAGCUUGGUGUUAAGACAGAAUUGAUUCUCGUGGAAGGUGCUGGGCAUGGUCUUGUGGACCUGAAGAGUGGAUUUCCUCCAAAGCCAGCGGAAGGUAAAGACGAAGCUUAUAAAAGGGCUGCUGAAUUCAUCGAUGAGGUUUUUUUGUCGCUGUGA